ACCGAGGCCAUUGUGCGCUAAUUUGGUUGCUUUCGAGCACGAAGAGAGGAAAGAAGAAGAGCGGUCGCAGUGAGGACGAAGAGAUCGAGAUGAAGAUAUUCGUCAAGACCUUGAAGGGCUCGAACUUCGAGAUCGAUGUCAGCCCCGAUGACAAGGUAGCAGAUGUGAAAAAGAAUAUAGAGACCUCUCAAGGGCAAAAUGUUUACCCUUCUGAACAACAGAUGCUCAUACAUCAAGGAAAAGUUCUUAAAGAUGAUACUACAUUGCAAGAUAAUAAAGUUCAAGAAAACAGUUUUAUUGUUGUAAUGUUGAGUAAGCCUAAAGGUUCAUCAAGUGGAACUUCGAGCACCAACACCGUACCUAAAAGCCAGGUUCAAACCCCAGCCCCAGCCCCAGGCCCAGCCCCAACCCCAUCCCCAGCCCCAUCCCUUGCCCCUGCCUCUGCUCCAGUUUCAGCUCCUGUUCCAGCGCCAAGUGUAACUUUGGCCCGGGAGCCUGCAACAGUGCCACCUCCAACUGCUGCUGCUGCUGCUGGCCCUGCCCCAGCUGCUGUAGUUACUGCCCCUGCUGAAGGUGAUGUUUAUGGUCAGGCCGCAUCAAAUUUUGUGGCAGGUAGUAACUUGGAGGCAGCAAUUCAAGGCAUUCUUGACAUGGGUGGAGGCACUUGGGAUAGAGAUACUGUUAUUCGUGCUUUACGUGCAGCAUAUAACAACCCCGAGAGAGCUGUUGAUUAUUUAUGCUCUGGUAUUCCCCCUCAAGCAGAGGUGCCUCCUGUUGCUCCUGCACCAGCAAGCGGUCAAGAAGUGAAUCCAUCAGUUCAGGCUCCACAACCAGCACAACCAGCGGUUGCUCCAAGUGGGCCUAAUGCUAAUCCUUUAGAUCUCUUCCCUCAGGGACUUCCUAAUGCUGGCAUGAACACGGGUGUAGGGAGCCUGGAUUUCCUUCGCAACAUUCCACAGUUCCGAACUUUGCAGGCUAUGGUGCAGGCUAACCCCCAAAUCUUACAGCCAAUGCUACAAGAGCUGGGAAAACAAAAUCCUCAGAUCAUAAGGCAUAUUCAGGAACAUCAAGCUGAAUUUCUUCGAUUGAUCAAUGAACCUACUGAAGGAGCAGACAGCAAUUUACUGAGCCAGUUAGCAGCUGCAAUGCCACAAACAGUCACUGUUACCCCUGAGGAGCGUGAUGCCAUUGAGCGGCUUGUUGCCCUGGGUUUCGAACGGCCUCUUGUCCUAGAAGCCUAUUUUGCUUGCAACAAGAAUGAGGAACAAGCCGCAAACUAUCUUUUGGAUCGCAUGCAUGAGUUUGAUGACUGAGGAAAAUGAGCACGCAAUUUCCUGUUUGCAGACAUGUACAAUGGAUACUUAUGGAGAAUACAGCAGUUUGCCAUGUGUGCUAUGUCAAUAGUUUUUCUUUUCUAAAGUUCCAGUCUGUUUCGGGUUGUUGGUAGUAGUAUAUAGAUUUACUUGCAUGGGUGUAAGGUGAAAUCAAAAUAAAUAACUUCUGUUUUCGUUAUAACUUAUUCAUCAACUGUUAUUUCUGAUAUUUAUCUUAUCUGGUAGUGGCGAUAUGUUCUUUCU